AUUUUCCUUUUGGAAAACCUUUUCUCUUUCCUGAGUCCAGACUGCGCACAACUAGUGGCGGUUACCAAACCAUGGCUGCAUUAUUAUAAAUAUGCUACAACCGAUCGACCACACCCUCUUUAAAGUAGUGUUUUCCUUCUUUCUUCCCCCAUCUGUUUGUUGGUGGUAAUUACUAUGGCAGAUUUUCCUCCAAACCUAGAUGAUGGAGAGUCCUGGCUACCAUCUGAUAUUCGCAGGGAAAUCUCCUUUGUUGAUGUUGAAUGUCAGUCUAAGCGAGCAGCUUCCAUCAAUAACAUUGCUCGGUUUCGCUCUCCACAGCUUUUGGUUGAGCCAGCAAAUGGGUUUUCAACCAAUUUCACACGAAUCACACCCAAGCCUGAGAUUUGCAAUGGUUUGCUUAGUCCCCUGCCAAUUAAGAGUGGUACUGUGCAUGGUAUUGGAGUUCCUGUAAUGGAUCAGAGUCUUUGCAUGUCUUGGAACGGUGGCUGCUUUCACACGGUUUCUGGACCCAAUCCCGCAUGCUAUACAACAGCACCAACGUCUCAAAGUCUGAUUGAAUGUUUGGACAUAAGAGGUGGCGGCAGCGUUUUGGUGGGCCAGCAAAAGCAUGUCUGGCCUGUUCGUCAGAUGAAUGGAGGCAUGGAAGCGAGUGAUUUGGCGAGCACAUACCCUACUGGUACUGGAGUGUUUCUUCCUCGUGGUGCAUGCUCUCUUAAGAACCCCGAGAAGACAGCAGCAGGAAUUACUAGUACGGUUCUUCCUCAUUCUUCUAAAAAGCUAAUUACCAAUGGUCAUAAGAAGAAAAAGAGUGUGGAGGAUCCUCAGGCAACUAAAAAGAUGAUCAGCCCUGAAUUGGGUAUUUCAAAGGAGCCAAAGUCAUCUCAAUUUCCAUCUGAAAUUCUUUUGCCGCAGGAUUGGAUGUACUAAACUCCAUAAUAACAAAAGCUCCCUAUUUUAAUAAUAACUCCAUUUGGAGAUAUAACAGAUAAAAGGCUGAUUUUGCCUAUAGUGUUGUGAACAAUUAAAAGUUGAAUCCUUGUUUUUCUCUUCAAUCCAUAUUAAUGCAUAGAGGGAAAGAGCUUUGUGAUCAAAACUCAGUAAGCAAAGAAAAUCUUACCUUGGAUAUUUAUAUUUUUAUGUAAUUUCAGGUCAUUUGUAAUGGAUUGUAACAUUGUUUUCUUUUCC